UUUCGAGGUGGCGUUGACAGCGCAUUGGGGGGUUUCACGUUGGGAGCACCAAAAUUGCGGACAAAUGUAUCGAAAGUAGGCGCCAACACUGAAAAAUCGCGUAAUUUGGAGCCCAAUAUUUUUCCCACUGGCGGGAAAUAAAUAAAUAUACGCCAUAAUCUUUGUAAUUUAACAAGAAAAUCACUGAAAACAGUCACUCCAAAGAGUUCAAAACUGAAAAGGUUUUCUUGGAAAAUCAGUGAACGGAGUGUGGAAUUUCGUACGAAAUUCUCCCAAAAAAGUCCUACAUUUGCCGCUGUUUCUGGCGUUUCUCUGAUUCGACCAGGGUAUUUCAUGUCCUCAUCUAGGUCUCUGUUAUUUUUGUCGAAAGACAUAGAGUAAUUGUAUGCAGUAAUGGCGGAAGUUGAACCGAUGAUAAUCGACGGCACUGAUGAAAACAGCCUGAAAUCGAAUGGCGCCCAUCAGAAAAACAAGGCAUCCAAGAGAAAGAGAGGGGAUCAAUCUGUAUGUACCGCAAGCCCAGAAGAAAAAGAGGCAAAAAUCAACGGAUUCCGCGAGGAAAUCAACAGUUUAAUCAAAUUCUGCAAAAAAUUAGUGUUGGAGCAAAGAAUGUUGUUGGAAAAUGUGGAAAAAAUUGGGAUUUCUUCCGCUUCUUUAAAUGGUGUGAUUGCAUGUUUGAUGGAAGAGAGUGAACUCCCUUUGUCAAAGCUUGUGGAUGACAUUUUUGAGAAAGUUACGGGUAAAACUGGAAAUGGUGAUAGCGUUAGCAAGGCUAGUGUGAAGAACAGUGUGCUUCUAGUUGGGCAGAGAUUAUGUUAUGGAGUGUCCAGUGCAGAUGCUGACAUUUUGGAGGAUGAAUCUGAGUCUGCCCUCUGGUACUGGGAGACAAGAGAUUUGAAACUAGUGCCAAAAUCAAUGCGAGGCACUCUGAAAGUCCGGCGUACUUGUCGAAAAAAGAUCCACGAAAGAAUUACUGCUGUAUUGGCAAUGAUAACUGCACUGGAAAAAUCAGAGGUCCAUCAGAGCUACAGGGAAGAUUUGAUAAGAGCUUCAGACAAGCUUAGCAAAGUUUUAACUGAGGCAGAUGUCCGUUUGUUGAUGGAGACCAUGUCUCAGAAAAAUGCUGCUGAAGUGUCUGAGAAAGAAGCCAAACGAGAAGAAAAGCUUUUGAUCAAGCAAAUGGAGAAAAGCAAAAGGCAGAUGGAGAAAGAGAGGAAACGAAUGGAUCGGGAGCUUAAUAAGGAAAAGUUGCAAACUGAAAAAGAACUAAAGCGGUUAAAAGAUGAGGCUGAGAAGGAGGAGUUGCGCCUUGAGAAGGAAGAAUCUGAAAUGCGGAAACAGCUGAAAAGGCAGCAAGAGGAAGCAGAGAAAGAACGGCGGCGCAAGGAGAAGGAAGAAUCUGAGUUAAAAAAACAACUUUCUCUGCGAAAACAAGCAUCACUCAUGGAGCGUUUUCUCAAAAAAAAUAGAACUAAUUCAACUUCUCAGAAUGGCAGCACUGCAAUCAAACAGGUAAUAUCUGAACAAUCCCCUAACAGUGUUGAAAGGAUGUCAGGACCAAUUACAGUGGCUAUGGACUCUGUUCUAACCCUUGGUGAAGGAUUUGAUGAAGAAGAUAUAUGGAAAUCACACUUGAGAUCUUGGCGCUGUUUGGGAUGCACAGUUCGUUCUAACAGGAAAAUGCAUUGGGGAGUUCGUCAGAAGCCUAAGACAGAACUGGUCAAGGAACUUAAGCUUAGUACCAACAGAGAAUUGACCUGUGAUGAAGACUUGAGCCUAGAGAAGCUUGUGGAUGGAUGGGAUGACUCUAAUAUUGAUGGACGAUCAACUUGUACUAAUGCUAAUAUUCUUCCCAAAUGCCAGAAGCGCAGCAGGAAUUGGCAGCUUUUGCAGUUUGACAAGAGUCAUAGGCCUGCCUUUUAUGGUGUUUGGUCCAAGAAAAGUUCAGUUGUUGGAGCGCGUCACCCAUUUGCAAAGGAUCCAGACUUAGACUAUGAAAUUGAUAGUGAUGGGGAGUGGGAAGAGGAGGAACCCGGUGAAAGCCUAUCAGAUUGCGACAAGGAUGAUGAAGAUGAAAUGGCAGGACAUUCAAGAGGCGAUGAUGGGGAUGAAAGUGAAGAUGGCUUUUUUGUACCUGAUGGAUAUCUCUCGGAGAAUGAGGGCGUACAUGAUGACGAAAUUGAAUCUGAUAAAUUGAUUGAGGAGACGAGGAACUUGCUUGAUUCUGGGCAGAAUGAAGAAUUUUGUACCUUGCUCCGACAACAGAAGUAUCUGAAUAAUUUGACAGAGCAUGCACUGCGGAAAAACCAUCCCUUGAUCAUAUGGAAUCUUAUGCAUGAAAAAGCUAUUCUAGUACUGGCUGAAGGGCUCACUGAUGCACAGAAAUUUGAACAAAAGUGCUUGCAAUCACUGAGUAUUCUGCCGUACCCAGGUUGCCCCCCAGUAGAGAUAUCAAUUUGUAAUGACACAGUACAUGAGGAUGAAGAAGCUUCCCCUUCAAGUAGUAAGUCAAGCAUGACUCCAGCGGCAAGUGCUGUAGCUAUAUUGAACUCGGACUUGCCUCAAAUUGUAUCUGUAAUCCAAUCAUGCUCACAGAGUAUAGGCAAGGUAUUGGAGUCCUUGCAAAAUAAGUUCCCGACUAUCCCAAAAUCCCAAUUAAGGAACAGAGUGCGUGAAAUAUCAGAGUUCUCUGACAAUCGUUGGCAGGUUAAGAAAGAAAUUUUGGCCGAGCUUGGUCUGUCUGUAUCACCAGAAAAGAGUUGUGGGAAAAACAAGAGCAUUGCAAAAUUCUUCUCGAAAAGAUGUCUGCCUCCAUCUGGAAAGACUAGUAACCUGAUUGAAACUUCAUCCUACAAAGCUGCAGCUGCCAAACCACAGCAGGAUAGCAGCAUUAUUGAGAAUCAAUAAUCCUAUGGGGUUUCUAUCUCUUUUUUUGCCUAUGUGAUGUGACAUAACAAAAAUGUCAGAUCAAAAGUUAGCAAAGUCUGUAUAAAAUGUUGCAAGUUUGAUGGCUGAUGGCAGUUUGAUUUUGGAAGCAUUGUAGUGCUGAAUUUUUGUUGGCCAUAAACGUUUUCUGUUUCAGUAUUGAAAGAUCAAUGAUACUUAUUAGUCUAGCAGUUUUGCAUA